CAGCUACACAAGGACAGUUGGAAGGGAGCCGAGUCGCCAUGCAAGCUAGCUUGAUCGUGAAACACGCUCCGAUGAUCGGUAGGGUCUAGAGCAUUUGGAGGUUCCACGACGGUCUACUCGGAAUGCCCCAGGCCGCCAUGCCCAAGCUGUUGGUGCCUGAGGCACAUAACACUGCCUCACCUCCACCUCACGAGUCAACGACUCUCAUUCUUUCUCUCUCGCUCUCUCGCUUUCUCCUCUCAACUCUCGUGCACUGCUUCCCCUCUUCUCACCAUCGCCCUUCGCCAUCCAUCCCGUGUCAAUCUCCCAUCCCUCCUUUUCAGCAUCCUGAAGGAGAUGACUCGGUGACUUCUGCAUCAUGCGUCAUCUCUUAUCGUUGCUCGUGCUUCUGGUCGCAUCGGUCGCUCUGGUCUCCGCCGUCCCCGCCGGCUCCAUUAUCACUCCACAACCGCCCGUCGAGCCCGUCCACCUCCUCUCCUCGCAAUCAUCCGACCCCCGACGGCCAUGGAUCCGGCUCCGGGACUGGAUCAUCGAGUCCAUCUGGGGAAUUGACAAGCCCUCGGCUUAUAAAUUCCCUCUCCAUGAGGCCCCGCGUGGUCGCUCCCCUCCCUCCCGGGUCCUGGCGCGCUACGGCAGUGACAUCGUGCUUCGCUUCAGCCUGCGCAACGAAGAUGAGACGGAGGCAUUGGCCCAGGCAGCUGAUAUUCUAUUCCUGGACGUGUGGGCCUCUACCCCGGCAUUCGUGGAUAUCCGCCUGGCCGAGGAAGUCAUUCCCUCACUACUAGGAUUGUUACCCGACUCCCUCCAAACCGCUUAUACCCCACUGAUGGACAAUCUGGCGGAGAUGAUUUAUACUUCCUACCCAAUGCGAAAGCCGAUAGGGCUGGAAGGGCAAUCCACCGUUGCCCCCUCGAGUCGAUCUGCGGCGCAUUUGGGUGACCUCUUUUUUCACGAGUAUCAACCUCUAACGGUCAUAGUUCCCUGGAUGCGGCUACUGGCUUCGAUGUUUCAGUCUCACGUGCGCAUGAUCAGCGUAGGAGUGUCCUACGAGGGUCGCGAGAUCCCCGCACUCCGACUGGGCGCCGGCAGCUCCACCGCAACGUCAGGGCCUCGUAAAACGAUCAUUGUAGCCGGGGGCAGCCAUGCCCGCGAAUGGAUCAGUACAUCCACGGUGAACUACGUAAUGUACAAUCUCAUUACUAAGUACGGCAAAUCCAAGGCCGUCACCCGCCUUCUGCAGGACUUCGACUGGAUCAUGAUCCCUACCCUCAACCCAGAUGGCUAUGUCUAUACCUGGGACACGGACCGACUAUGGCGGAAGAACCGACAGCAGACCAGUCUGCGCUUUUGCCCCGGAAUUGACCUCGAUCGCGCCUGGGACUUUGAGUGGGACGGCGAUCGGACCCGCUCGAACCCGUGCUCGGAGAAUUAUGCGGGAGACGAGCCCUUUGAGGCCAUGGAAGCCCAGCAGCUAGCCCGCUGGGCGCUCAACGAGACACAGAACAACAAUGCGAACAUCGUGAGCUUCCUCGACCUCCACUCCUAUUCGCAGCAAAUUCUCUACCCAUUCUCUUACUCCUGCUCCUCGGUUCCCCCCACCCUUGAGAGCCUGGAAGAACUCGGCCUUGGCCUAGCCAAGGUCAUUCGGUACGCGACCCAUGAGAUCUACGAUGUAUCUUCCGCCUGCGAAGGCACCGUCACCGCCGGUGCCGCGGGGGACAAUCCGGGACGGUUCUUCCCCAUUAGCGGCAGCUCCGGAGGCAGCGCCCUGGACUGGUUCUACAACCAACUGCACGCGACUUAUUCAUACCAGAUCAAGCUGCGCGAUCGCGGCAGCUACGGCUUCCUCCUUCCAGCUGAAUACAUCAUCCCCACCGGCAAGGAGAUCUACAACGUUGUUCUCAAAGUAGGGUCCUUCCUCCUGGGUGAGAGCUCAAUGGACAUGGACUGGAAAGAACUCUACAACCUAGAAACGGAGACUGAUCGUGAUCUCGUCCUUGACAACAAAUACGCAAGCUUCAAUGCCUACCCCCCAGCGGAUGCAGAAGAAGCCAACGCCCAACUACCUGACCUCGACGAUGACGAUGACGAAUGGGAGGAGGAGGUGGUGGUGGAGGAAUCAGAUUAUCGGGCCACCGAACACUCGUUUGAGUUCCGACGAUGAUAUUUUUACCCACGAUUCACCCACCUACUCACUCAUUCUCUCCUGACACCGGACCUUGAUGAUGACCAGUAAUGACUAAUGACGGUUUGCGGGACUGGUUGAGUUCUUUCUCUUAUCUUUCGUUUCGUUGAUUUCCUUACCGUUUAGAUAGUGGUAGUACCUAGUUAGGGACAUUCCAUACAUAUACAUAAUGAACCGAAUCCAUUGCACUGUA